AUGAUGGGUGGUGCGGAGCAUGACGGCGGUGGAGGAGGCAGCGAAGCAGACAAGCGCACAUUGUGGGUGGGCGAUAUCGACCGAUGGAUGGAUGAAAACUACAUAGUAGCACUGUUCGGAUCAGCUGCCGAGGUGGCCAACGUCAAAAUCAUUCGGGACAAAAUGACGGGGCUGCCGGCUGGCUACGGUUUCGUAGAAUUCAAGUCUCACGAGGGUGCUGCGCGGGUCCUCAACGAUUUCAACAACGUGCCCAUCCCCGGUGUCGGGCGUUCCUUUCGCCUGAACUGGGCCACCUUUGGCAUCGCAGCCAGGCGACCAGAGACCGGGCCUGAGUUCUCACUGUUCGUGGGCGACCUGGCACCCGAAAUCUCUGAUGAUCAGCUUCAGGCUUUCUUUGGCGCGCGCUACAGGUCCGUCAGGUCGGCCAAAGUCGUGACCGACGCUGCCACAGCAGCCUCCAGAGGCACGUGCAGCUCGGCCAUUAACAAACAUUUGUUUUCGCACUUCGCUCUUUUGUGUAGCGCUGACGGUUACGGGUUUGUGCGGUUCGGCGAUGAGACGGAGUGCUACUCUGCGAUGACCGAGAUGCAGGGCAUGAUGCUGGGCAGUCGCGCGCUUCGUCUCAGCCAGGCCACGCCGAAGAAGAGCUCUUCUAUGGGCGGGGGAAUGGGCAUGCCCAUGGGAAUGCCGAUGGGCGGCGGCGGUGGCGGCGGCGGGCAUUCCGCACCCAUGCCAGAACAGGCCGACCCCUCGAACACUACGAUCUUUGUCGGCAACCUCGACUCGACAGUUGGCGAAGAUGAGCUCAGAGGUCACUUCAUGCCGUUCGGCGAGCUGGUCUACGUGCGAGUGCCUCCGGGCAAGAAUUGUGGAUUCGUUCAGUUUGUGCAUCGCUCCUGCGCCGAGAACGCCAUGCUCAGAGUGCACGGCAAGACAAUCGGACUGGUGGACGCCCCGGCUCCUCGAGAGCCGGACCGCCCCAGGGCGCACCAUUUGGUGGUGGCGCUGGCAUAUCCCGAUUACUAUGGCGCUGGCGCGGGUAUGGGCAUGAUGCCGCCUGCUGUCGCUGCCCCCUACGCACCCGUGAUGCCCGUGGCGGCUCCCACACCGCCGGUCGAGACCAGCUCGACCGAAGAUAUUUACUUCACGCAGAGCAUGGACCAAGUGGUGAAGCGGCAAAACGAAGAGUUUGCGACCGGGCACAUAAACAACCUGGUGCCCAACUUCUUCUGGUCGAGAAGCCACAACCUGUCCAGCGUCAGCGAGUUCGAGUGA